UUUUUUUCCAGUGAAUCCAGCUGUGUGCUACGUCCCAAUCAAGCUCCAUGGCGACCCCCGAGCAUCUCCCCGAGCAGGAAUUCGACUAUGAAGCCCUCCCCUCGAACUACGGUCUCGGCCGGAAUAUGAUGGCUGGCGCCUUCGCGGGAAUAGCAGAACACGCUGUUAUGUACCCGGUGGAUCUGUUGAAGACACGCAUGCAAAUCCUGCAUCCCUCGACCGGUGGGCUCUACACAGGCUUGACCAAUGCGGUCUCGACGAUUUACAGGAUCGAGGGCUGGAGGACACUAUGGAAGGGUGUUUCGAGUGUUAUUGUCGGUGCUGGUCCGGCCCACGCCGUAUACUUCGGUACAUAUGAGGUUGUGAAGGAGAUGGCCGGUGGUAACGUUGACGAUGGUCACCACCCGGUAGCAGCAGCGCUGAGCGGUGCCUGCGCGACCAUCGCCAGCGAUGCUCUGAUGAACCCCUUCGAUGUCAUCAAGCAACGCAUGCAAGUCCACGGCUCCGUACACAAGACCCUCCUCCAAUGCGCCCAGACCGUCUACCGGACGGAAGGUCUCCAGGCGUUCUACGUCUCCUAUCCCACCACCCUCUGCAUGACCGUCCCCUUCACCGCCACUCAAUUCGUCGCCUACGAGUCCCUGUCCAAGGUCAUGAACCCGUCGCAGGAUUACGAUCCGUUCACGCACUGCAUGGCGGGAGGUCUGGCGGGCGCCUUCGCGGCCGGUCUCACCACCCCGCUGGACGUGGUGAAGACGCUGCUGCAGACUCGAGGCCUGGCCCAGAACGAGGAGAUCCGGUCGGCCAAGGGCCUGUUCAACGCCGCGUCCAUCAUCAAGCGCCAGUUCGGCUGGAAGGGAUUCCUGCGUGGCGCUCGCCCCCGCAUCAUUUCCACCAUGCCUAGCACCGCCAUUUGCUGGACCUCCUACGAGAUGGCCAAGGCCUACUUCAAGGGCCAGGUGGACAACUGAGCGACCACGGCCUUCGCUAACGGCCCAAUCGCAUGAAUCCGACUCCCUCCAGCUCAGCGACCCCUUUACCCUCUUCUGGUUGCGGCCAGACUUGUCUAAGGGCACAAGCAAAGACCCGUUUCCCAAGAAAACCCAACCCCAGCCACGCAUAGGAAGAAAUAACGACACCCUCAAAAGUUUUUCGAAAAAAAAAAGAUCGUCUUGUUGAACGAGAAGUCAAAUCAUCCUACCUACCUUACCUAACCGACUUACCCUUAGUAUCACAUGCGGAGCACCGAUCGAGC